UAGCGCCCUGCCCCGCCCUAGCCUGAGCGGCCUGGCCGGGGGAGGGGUCGCGGCGGCGGCGGCAGCGGCGGCGCCGUCAGCCGCACCCCGGCGCUAGGGAGCUUCAGGCUCCGGAGCAAGAUGGCGGCACGAGUGCUGCUCGCGCGAGGAGGCCUGUUGCGGCCAGCCGCCCCUGGCAGCUUCCUGCCCGGGCUCCGGACAGUGACAUCCUCAAGUCCCAGAGCGCGGGAAGACAGCUGGCUCAAGUCCUUAUUUGUCAGAAAGGUAGAUCCCAGAAAAGACGCGCACUCCAACCUCCUGGCCAAGAAGGAGACGAGCAGUCUGUACAAGUUACAGUUUCACAACGUGAAGCCGGAAUGCCUAGACGCAUACAACAAAAUUUGUCAAGAAGUGUUACCAAAGAUUCAUGAAGGCAAGCAGUACCCUUGUACCUUGGUGGGAACAUGGAACACGUGGUAUGGCGAGCAGGAUCAAGCCGUCCACCUCUGGAGGUAUGAAGGAGGCUAUCCAGCCCUCACGGAGGUCAUGAAUAAACUCAAAGAAAACCAGGAAUUUGUAAAUUUCCGUAAAGCCAGAAGUGACAUGCUUCUCUCCAGGAAGAAUCAGCUGCUGUUGGAGUUCAGUUUCUGGAAUGAGCCAGUGCCGAGAUCAGGACCCAAUAUAUACGAACUCAGGUCCUACCAACUCCGACCAGGGACAAUGAUCGAAUGGGGCAAUUACUGGGCCCGAGCCAUUCGCUUUAGACAGGACAGUAAUGAGGCAGUUGGGGGAUUCUUCUCUCAAAUUGGGCAGCUAUAUAUGGUGCAUCAUCUUUGGGCUUAUAAAGAUCUCCAGACCAGGGAAGACAUACGGAGCGCAGCGUGGCAGAAGCAUGGCUGGGAGGAACUGGUGUACUACACAGUCCCGCUCAUUCAGGAAAUGGAGUCCAGAAUCAUGAUCCCGCUCAAGACCUCACCCCUCCAGUGAAGCUUCCACGUGCCUACACAGAUUUCCAGGAUGAAUACAUGUCAUGAAUUCGUUUCAGCCAUUCAUCAAGUGAAAAAAAAGAAACUGAGGUGUAAACUGCUGUACAUAGCCUGUAAGAUCUCUUUUCUUUAAAAUUUGCAUAAUCACAAAGGGAAAUCGGGAAUCAGACUAGGGGAGCAUCACUCUGACACAUCUCUGCUUACCAAACCUAAGCUCUAGCCCUUCAGGAAAACAUGAUCAUUUGAAGCUGGGGGUGGUAGCUUGCACUCAGGGAGCUGAGGCAGGAGAAUUAUAAGUCCUAGGUCAAUCUGGGCUACACAGAGUUUCAGGCAAGCUUGGACCCCUGGGCUUCCACAGUGAGACCCUGUCUCAAAAACCAAAUUUAAAAUUCGAAUCAUCUCUGAGGAAAAUUCUAGCUCUGAAAAAGAAUCAGCUAUUGCUUUCUAUUUUUUAAAAAAAAAAAAAUCUGUUUUAUGUUUACAGAUUUCUACAAAUUUCUUUCCUUCAGGAAGAAAUACAAAUUAUGUCGUUUCCCGAGCAGUUUUUCUGAGUCUCAAACUAGGAAUAAAUUAUGAGUGUACCCAGUGGCUGAAAAGGUUCUGAUUUUGUGACUUUUGGUCAGUCAAGCAGUGUACCACCCUGAACUGGAAGGGUGGUCACGGGCACCUGCCCAAUAAUUCCGGCUCCACCAGGCACUGUGUCCUGAGGGGUUGACAUGAACCAGUGCACCACAUGCGAUUUGGUAAUAAACACCUCAGAUAGCUCUAAUUUUAUUUGUGAUAUUUUUCUAUAAAACAAGUAGCUCUUGGAAAAGAGGUUUUAUUUUGUAAGCCACCAUCUGUGACCUCUGACCUCUGGUUCUAUUUUGGUAAGCGCACAGCAGACACUUCUAAGAUCUUGUAUGAAGGGCAGUGCAUGUUGGGUCUAAGUUGACAUAAAGCUUCGUAUUCUGUCUGUCUCCGUUUGGUUUUGUUUUUUAAUGUAGUGUGCCAACUUUGUGACUGUAAUCCUGUGAAAGUCCCAUUGAACUGAAGAAUUAUGUCUGCCCUACAAAUUGAUAUGUGUAAAAUAAAGUAUGACUAAAUCUCCUA